AUGUCUCCUACAGAUUCUAUCCCAUCCGCCCAUGAGGCGGCAAACAAGCCACAGCUCCCGAGUGAGGACGAAGAGUAUGCAGAUGCCGAGAAUAACUUCAAGCCCAAGUCCCUCAAGUUCUGGCUCGUCAUCAUUGGCAUGUACAUAUCCAUCUUUCUCGUGGCUCUAGAUAGAAUGAUCAUUGCCACGGCCAUUCCAAGCAUCACCAACGAGUUCCACUCCAUCGAGGACAUCGGCUGGUAUGGCAGCGCGUAUAUGAUGACCGCAGCCAUUUUCAACCCCCUCUCCGGCCGCAUAUACCAACUUUAUCCGACAAAAUGGGUCUUCCUUCUCUUCCUUGUCAUCUUCGAGAUCGGCUCUGCCCUGUGUGGCGCCGCUCCUAGUUCCUCGGCAUUCAUCGCUGGACGUGCGGUUGCGGGAAUGGGAGCCGCUGGCGUCUUCUCUGGUGGGAUCAUGAUCCUCAUUCCACUAGUGCCGCUCCGACGACGGCCCACGUUCACUGCUGUGUUCGGUAUGGUCUUUGGUAUCUCAUCAGUAUUGGGACCCUUGGUCGGCGGCACUUUCACCGAUGAUAGCAAUUUGACGUGGAGGUGGUGCUUCUACAUCAACUUACCGUUGGGCGGCUUCACCAUCUUCGCCAUUCUACUAUUCCUGCAUAUCGAGUCACCGCUGCACGAGAAAUUGUCUAUCCUCGAUCAAGCCAAACGUCUCGACCCGCUUGGGCUUCUCUUCUUCGUUCCAUCUAUGGUCUGUCUCAUCCUGGCUCUUCAAUGGGGUGGAUCGACCUAUCCCUGGUCAGCACCUAAAAUUAUCGGCCUCCUCGUCACAUUUGCCGUCACGUUCAUCGCAUUUCUCGUUGUCGAAGCGGUGACGCCGAAGACCGCCAUGGCUCCCACCCGCGUCGUCCUGAACCGCUCUGUUGGUGGCAGCUUGGUGUUUAUGCUACUCAUCUCGGGAAGCAUGAUGGCUGUCAUCUAUUAUCUGACCGUCUGGUUCCAAGCGGCGCAGGGCAAAUCCGCAGAGCAAGCGGGGAUCCGUACCAUUGCCCUUGUCAUAUCUUUUGUCCUCUUCGGCAUCGUCGGAGCCGUUUUCACUGAGAAAGUGGGCUACUACGUCCCGCCCAUGUUGCUGGCCGCUCCGCUCACCGCAGUCGGCGCCGGUAUGCUGUCAAACCUCACACCAAGCGCCGGCGCCAACCACUGGUUAGGGUACCAAGUUCUCUAUGGCUUUGGCAUCGGCGCGGGCUUCCAGACCUCCACGAUGGCACCUCAGAAAGUCUUGCCACGAGCGGAUGUUCCACUUGGCAUGGCAUUUACAUUCUUCAUGCAACAGCUCGGCGGGGCAGUCUUUAUCGCAGUUGGCCAGAAUAUCUUCUCGAACCAGCUUGUCGACAGUCUCUCUGGAAUAGCAGGACUUGACACUCAGGUCAUCAUCAACACUGGCGCCACUGCUCUGCGCCACAUAGUGCCUGCGAGCGAGCUGAAGACAGUCAUCGACGCGUAUAGCUAUGCUCUUACUCGGGUCUUCAUUUUGGCCGCGGCUCUCGGCGCUGCCAUGAUCAUUCCUGCAUUGGCCGUUGAGUGGAAGAGCAUCAAAGCGAAGAAGCCCACCUCGUCCAAGGGUGCCGAUGGCGACCCAGAGAUUCCGGAGGAGCAGGGUCAAGUAUCAGAAAUAACUGGCGCCAUUGAAGCGAAGGACGCGUCGGAGAAAUAG